AUGGCUUCAACAUCUACUUCCCCCGAUACUUCUGCGACAUCUCCAUCGCCUAAGAAAUACAAUCUCCGCAACCCGCUCCCCCUCUCGGCCUCCCAAGAACAAGAAGUCAAGCAGAUGUACCACAAGCGCGUACGAGCCCGCUGUGCCCCGGAAAUUAAGGCUUUUGCGGAAUGUGCCGUCAAUCGUACCGUCACCGCCACAUGGGUUUGCCGACAGCAGCGUCUCGCCAUGAAUGCGUGCAUGAUCACUCACGCCAACAACCGGGAGGAAGAAGAUCGCGCUCGCGAGGAGUGGUUCGCAACGCACGAGGAGCGUCGCCGCGCCAAGGAGGAAGAGCUGAAACGUGUUGAGAAGCGCCGCGCGGAGGUUAUUACCAUGAUGCGGCAAGACGAGGAGCGGAGGCGGCAGGAGGGUCAGGGAAAGUGA